AUGAUUACAUAGUUCUUAAUAUUUUGCAGUACUUACCGAGCUGGAUGUCGAUAUGUUUUUAAAAAUUAUUUUGGUCUCUUGUAUCAUACAAAAUGCAACACCUUUUUCAUACAAACGUAGUAAAGAAACUCAGUUUGGACAUUUUAACCUUAACCAUAAUCAUGUAAAUGAAAAACCAUUCAAAGUAUUGUUUGAAGAGGAUUCUUCAGAUUUAAGCAGCGAGUCUCGUAGACUAUUCGGUUGGAUAAAAACAAUGCUAAACAAAAACGAUACAAAAGUAACAACUCAAAGAACACCUACAUACGAAGAAGUAAUGAACGAAAAAAUAAGAUUUAGGCAGAUAGAAAAAAAUUUAACUGAAACAUUAACAAAACUUUCCCAUGUCCUAAACCAAAUACUUAAUAUAGUUAAAUAUUCGCGUUACACCCAUUUUGAUGAUAUCCACGAGUUUUUACCAACAAAAUUAAGGAAUAGUCUAGUAAAUAGACGGAAUUAUAGAUUUAAGAGAAAUUUGGCUGCAGUUAAUAUGUUUUAUACGAAAACAGGUGAAGAAAAUACAAAUAAAAGAGCUGUAAAUAAUUCACGCGAUGUUUUGCCUACAAAGUUAAGUAAUAUUAAAAAUCAAAGUGAAAUGGAUUUAGAUGAAUCAAGUAACAAUGUACACCAUAAUAUCGAAAAUAAUAACGUAACUAAAAAAAACGCUGAAAAUAAUUUGACUACGAUAAAUGAUCAAGAAAAUAUAAACAAAACACUCGUAAACCAUCCAAACGAUACUGUAUCUACCAAAAGUGAUAUACACGUUGAUGUACCCGUAAAAAUAGGAAGUUCAAGUCCAAAUCAACAAGAGGAAAGAGUUAAAAGGGAUACAACACAAGUUAAAAACGAAGUUAGUAAAAAUAUAGAAGUAGAUAAAAAAACUGAAGUUAAAAAUAAAAAUAUUAGUCCAAAAGUUGAAACAAAAGAUACUACAAGUGAAACAGACAUAACCAAAAAUAGUAGACGAGCCGUGGCACCAAUACAAGUCACUAAUAACGAAGUGAAAAAUCGAUUAUUUCAAUACAUAGACGAAGCGUUUUCCGAGAUUGUAAAAAAAGUCGAUUCCCUCAAACAAACUAAACAAAUGUUUGCCAAAGACGUCAGUUAUCAAGUAGGCUACAUAAUAUCGAACAUCGAUACAUUGAAAGUAAAUAUGUUAAAUAUGAAAACGGAUAUGGACAAAAAUAAGUAUAUUUGGGACGACAAAAAGAUUUUGAAUCUCUAUGACACAGUCAAAGUCUCUAAUCAAGCUAUUGCAGAUUUGUUGGAAAUAUUGAAGAAUUAUAAUAUCCAAAAGAGUUUAAAUUAGAUGUAAUAAGUACCUACUGUGGGGUUACGAGGAUUCCGUUUAAAUAAGACAGCUCCUGAACAGGGGUGGUUACUGUUACAAAAAUUUUACGUUAAAGGCUGGACUGCAUAACAGCGGUGCUGCGCAGUGCUGCACAGCACGGUAUAAAGCGUCAAAAUAUAUUAUCCAUACUAAUAUUAUAAAUCCGAUAGUGUGUCUGUCUGUCUGUCUAUCUG